AAUUGGUGAUCACAAAAUAUCGACUCGUUCACUCGUGGUUGUACAACCAUUCAAAUAUUCUAUCUAUAGCCGUGUUAUUAUCUUUAUCUACAACUACAACUGGUCUCAUAGAUAAGUAAGAAGUGAUAAAAACAUAUGUUCGCCUGUUUUCAAAAGACAACUUAUUUAUCAACUAUCAAGUUUAAAUAUAACUGUUUUAUUAUAACUUUCAGUAUUAAGUGGUCAAUAGGCAGUACUUAUUCCUAACCUCAAUGGUAAUUUUACACUGUACACAGUAAGUUGACGGCCCAGCAUUUCGGUCACGGACAGUUAUUGAAAUAAAUAUUUAGUGAUGUUCUACAUUAUAGGUAAUCUUCUAUGAACCGCUUUGCGAAUAAUAUACUAAAAUGGAUACAAGCAACGAUUAUUUAUUUGCUCUACAAUUGCAAAACGAGUUGGCCAAUUUUGAAGAAAACGAGGAUCUACUCAAUAUAAUAGAUGUGACAAAAUCUAGCAACAGUUUGGCUGCCGGCUCUAGUAGUGGAAAUGUAAUUGAUUUGACUGAUAUCAAUACCAAUGUUAAAAAACAGAAGCGUAAUGCUGUCGAUAAUUUAUCUCGACCAAUUAAACGGCCAUGUCCUAAAAAUGUAGAGGGUACCGAAAGUGUAGUAGACCAUUCUUGGGAAAUGUUGGAUCCAAAUCCAGACAUACACGGUCUAUUUUUGGCAUUUAAUCGACAGUAUUUUUGGAGUAAAUUGGACUCAGUCAUGAUACAAUGGAGCAAAAGGAUGACAGUCUGUGCUGGUUUAUGUAGAUAUGAAAAUGGGUUUUGUUCCAUUAGCCUUAGUGAACCACUGUUGAAACUCAGGCCUCGAAAAGAUUUAGUUGAAACAUUACUACACGAAAUGAUUCAUGCAUAUUUGUUUCUUACAAAUAAUAAAGAUCAUAAAAAUAGAGAUGGACAUGAUGGACAUGGACCAGAGUUUUGUAAACACAUGUACAGAAUAAAUGCAGCAGCUGGUACUAAAAUAUCAAUUUAUCAUGAUUUUCACGAAGAAGUAAAUGUGUACAAAAUACAUUGGUGGAAAUGUAAUGGGCCAUGUCAAUAUAAGAAGCCAUUUUAUGGAAAUGUAAGAAGGUGUAAGAAUCGUGCACCGGGGCCAUAUGAUAGGUGGUGGACUCAUCAUCAAGCUACUUGCAGUGGAAUUUUUAUUAAAAUCAAAGAACCUGAAGGGUUUGGAUUAAAAAAAAAACCAACUGUUUCAAAACAGUUGGAUGUUAAACCUGUUAAUAAAAUUACAAAUUUCAUUACAAUAUUGGAUUCUCCAAUAAACAAAGUUCAUCAUGAUGGUUCUGAAAUAUAUUCUAAAUCAAAAGAAAAUGAUCAAAAGCCUCAGUUUGAUAACAAAUCAAAUUCCACAAAGAAAGUUUCUGAUACGAAAAUGUCUUCUGAACCUAAUGAAUGCGAUAAACAAAAUGUUCAACAGGGUGUAUAUUUAUUGAAUGAUUUGUAUGAGGGAAAUGAUUUUGAUGACGAUGAUAUUGGUGAUUUGUAUGAUGGAAUUUCUCAAUGUCCCAUUUGCAAUAAACCUGAGUUAACAGACUGGUUGAAUGAUCAUUUACAAAAUUGUAAACAGUUGAGAGAGAUGUUUGGCGAUGAAAUUAAUGAUAAAUGUAAAUGCCCAGCUUGCAAUGAUACAGUUGAUAGAUCCUUAAUGAAUGAGCAUUUAAAUAAUUGUAAAAUGUUGAUAAAUGUAUUUGAAAAUGACUCUGAGGAUAUUCCUGAUGAUACUAAUUAUGUAAACUGUCCAUGUUGUGAUAAAAUGGUCAAAGACAGCAAUAUUAAUACACAUUUAGAUAUUUGUAUGUCAACAGAAUCACUAAAGCCAAUUCAUAAUAAAAAUAAUUUAAAAUGUCCAUGCUGUGAAAAUAUAUUUAAAAAUGUUAUAGAAUUGGAUGAUCAUAUAGAUAACUGUUCAUCAGUAUGUUAAUAAUCAUAAUACAUUAUUUUAUAUACUCAAUAAUUAAUAUAUUACAUCAUGAUGUUUUUUUUUUUUUUUUUAUCUUCAUUGUAUCUAAAAUAAAAUAUAAAUACAUGUUUAUUAAUAAACAUGAAUUGAUUUUAUUUUAAGUGAGUUGUAUAGGAAGCACUAAGGCAAAAUCACAUAUAGACAUAGGUGUUAAUUUUCUAAUUUCAAAUUUAGAUUAAUAAUCCAAUAAUUGAAUACUUAAAAUAUAUAAAAACUAUUUGGUUUCUGUGUGUCUAUUUAAAGAUGAUUAAUAAAUUUGUAUCUAUAUGUAUAUAAAUAUACAGCCUUAUAGAUACUAUUUUUUUUUUUUUUUAUUAACCAACCUUUUCAUAUAAACGAUGUAAAAUUCAACAAAAAUUAAUUUUAAAAAUUUAAUUUAAUUAAUUUUGUUAUAAUGUUUUAUAAUUGUUUUUUUUAUAAUAUUUCCUAUUAUUUAUUAGUUUCAUGAUAUAAUUACGAGUACCAGAGGAUAUUUGGCGAGAUGGUUAGCAAAUCGAAAGAAUAAAAUAUGACAACAAAAUAUAAACAUUUUAUAAGUUAUUAUAUUAAUAUAUAUAUAUAUAUUUUUUUUUAUUUUCAUGAUUUUUUCCCAUGAUAUGCAUGUGUAGCACAACUUAAUUUUUCAAAGGAGAUCCAUUUUGAAUACCAUUUUGGAUUGGUUGAAUUUUUUCAAAUAAUUUUGUAUAAUCAACUUCUUGUAUACUAAAUUUGUAAUAAAGCGAUUUCAAAUUGGGUUUUUUUCUGUAUUUUAUACACAGGCAGAAUUUGUACUA